AUGCCUAUUGAGACUCUAUCAAUCACCACGGCUUGCGUCAGCCUAACUGAAAAUGUGGACGCAUUGACCGCCCGCAUACAAUCGUUCGUUUCUCGUACGUGUGAUUCGUACCGCGGCCUGGACGCUGUGUCGGAAGAGCUCUUCUCGCUUGGUCUUUGCCUCGAAUAUCUGAAGAGCCAUUCAGGCAAGUACAACUGGGUCCAACCCAUCCUAGCUAGUACCGGCGAAGUUGUCGCAGCUGUGGGCGAAACUUUGAUCAAGUUGGAUUCUUCCGAUAAAUCUGGUGGCACAAUAACCUGGGCUGAAAAUGGCGCCAAUGAUUUGAACAAAUUGAGCCUCCGGCUGCAAUCUCACAAAGCUUCGCUAGAGAUCGCUCUCACACUGUUGACCUUACUUCGCAACGCCGUCGUCGACGACGACACAUCGAGCAUUCGCGGCGAUGUCAUAGCCGCGGCUUUCACUGUUGACGAAAUAACCGCCGCUUUGUCGGCAACCCCGGACAAUUUUGCAUUGCAGUCGCGAGUACGAUCUACUUUGCAUCAGAAGAGCCAGGCGGCGGGGGCGCCAGAAGAGCUCAUUCAGAUCAACACGGCCCAGAUAUUCGAAUUUAGAAACAACGACGGGCAUCCUGGCAGCACUGAUACUUCAGGUACAACACCGGACUUUGAAACCUUACAUGGGGUGGUACUUCCCGACUUCAGGAGCAAGACGGCCCCGGAAGACCCCGGCUACAGGCUCCCUCAAGGAAGCAUGAGUGAGCUUUCACGUGGAGACAUCCAUCAGCUCCCUCAAGACGACGCUGGCCCCCCAAAUACUGUUGCCAUAGAAAUGAACAGUCCGAGGGAAAGUGAAGAACAUGUCGAAUCCGAUUUUGAGGAUUCAGAGGACAGUCUCCCCGAAGUUUUUGGACUGAUUGCCGCCGAGCAGGAGGUGAGCGAAGGACACGGCCUUGGCUGCUUUUGCCCGUCGACAUCCCGGAACACCGGUCAGAAUAUCAGCGCCUGGGUUGAUUUCAUGAAACUCGGGUUUGAAAUGGGCGUCGGCAGAGCUCCAAGGGACAGCAGCUCCCUAGGGGAAAGGGAUAUUGGGUGGAGCAACGGCACCUACGAGCGUGAGGCGAAGCAUCAACAAGAUACUCCCCCAAGCAGUCCGACAAGGCCAAAGAUUCCACCACUUGCUCCUGCGCUAGACGUGGUGACACCUUCUCGGGCACGACCUGGACCGUUGGCGGAAGGGAGAGCACAUACUGAGAGCGUCUUUUCAAAGCAGGUUGGGCCCUUCUUCAGGGCUCCAAACCCGCAGUUGUCACCUCCUCCCUCCCCAAGUUCUGAAAGGCACGCGUCAAUCAAGACAAGCGCCAUCACCGGAAGCGAAGGGCCUAGAUCGCACGUCAUGAGAGCGGUCGAGGAGAUUGAGCAGAGGAAGAGGUAA